GGUCAAAAUUUGAGAGAAAGAAUAUUCUCUGAAGAAUCCAGCAUCCACAAAGGAGGAGGAUCGACUGCAGAUUUUUUUAUCCAAAGGUUAUUUUCAUUCUUUGCCUUUCUCGAUGAUCAGGAAUACAGUUUUCACCUAAAGAAACUUGGAAGAUUUUCUACAAUAAAAAUGCAAAGGGGCUGAACCAAAAAAAAAAUUCUUAGAGCCUCCAAAGAAUGGUUUACAGCGCAUGAUCGGGAAUCAGGGAUAAUCAUGUAAUAUCCCCUUCAACUGAACCACUGCAGAUUACCAUCGGUUAAGCCCCAGAUACAUGAAUGGUUCCCUCGAUGUGUAGUUUGACGUUACUUUUGACCACAUUGCCACAGGAUACCGAAAGAAGCCAAACCAAGUCACAACUCUCGGGGAAAACAAUCUUUCCCUAGAUCCUAUCAUGUGCUGACCUUUUUUUUCCUCUUUGGGUAUGAAGUGAAUACUCAAAGGAAGCAAAGUAUAACUUCCGCCCACAAGUUAAAGGAUUUCAACAAGCACAGCAGGGUUAUCUUCUAAUGAGCUGACCUGGCCAUUGUAAACCUCUUGAGGGUAUGUUCCCUGGAAGACUGGGGAACCAGUCAGGUGGUCUGGAAUGUAAACCGGGAUCAGUUGUGUAAACAUCGAGGUGACAGGAAAUAACCAGCGUCCUGGAGGGAGCCAACUGGAACAUUAUUCCGGGUAGAGGGUAUACCAUCUGGACAUGUUGAGCUUACGUCCCAAGAUUUUCCUGCUGCAGGCACAAGAUUUUCUGGAAUGCACUAACUGUGGAGUGCAAAGAGCCAGGACGCAAGCAAGACCAGACUCAAAGUAGAAACAACUCCGGUCUGUUUCCUUUCGCUGUAGGGAAUCAGUACAAAUCACAAGACAAUCCACAGCCUGUAGUUCCAAUCUGAAGAUAAACAACAGUCCUGUUGCUGGUAGAAAACCCAUUCCAGGGACAAGGGUUUAAAGAACUGAACUGCCCAGACAAUCAAAAAUUUCCUCAAACAUGAUCAGCAAGAUUUGGAGUUUCUUCUUGUGGGCUGACGUCGGAAUGUUUCUGGCACUGCUGGCACAGUCGGUCACCGUGGAAACGUGUCCCUCAGUCUGUCGGUGCGACGGUGGGUUUGUGUACUGCAAUGACCGAGGAUUGACAUCCAUCCCGACAGGAAUUCCACCAGACUCCACCACUCUCUUCCUGCAGAACAAUCAGAUCAAUAAUGCUGGGAUUCCCAGGGAGCUCCUAAACCUAGUGAAGGUUGAAAUCAUUUACCUGUACAGCAACAGCCUGGACGAGUUUCCCACCAACGUCCCCAGAUACAUCAAAGAGCUUCAUCUGCAGGAGAACAAUAUACGAGCAAUCUCCUUGGACUCUCUAUCCAAAAUACCUUACCUGGAAAGGCUGCACUUGGACGAUAAUUCAGUCUCUGCUGUUAGCAUCGAAGAAGGUGCUUUUCGAGAGAACAAGGAUCUCAAAUUGAUCUUCUUGUCUCGGAAUCACCUCAGCAGCAUACCUGUAGGGCUUCCCAGCACCGUUGAGGAACUGAGGUUGGAUGACAACCGCAUUGCUACCAUCUCGGAGAAUGCUCUCGGUCAUCUCACAGGGUUGAAGCGUCUGGUGCUCGACGGGAACCUGCUGACCAAUCAGGGGCUUCGAGACAAGGUGUUCAUGAAUCUCGCAAACCUGACGGAGCUGUCGCUGGUGCGGAACAUCCUUACCUCGCCCCCAGCUCUACCCGUGGCGAACCUGCAGAAGUUGCACCUCCAGGACAACCAUAUCAACCAGAUCCCCCCCAAUGCCUUCUACCACCUCGGGCGAUUGCAACGCUUGGACCUGUCGAAUAACAAUUUAACCCACUUGCCUCAGGGAACCUUCAACCGGCUGAACAACCUGUCCCAGCUGCUACUGCGCAACAAUCCCUGGCACUGCGGCUGCAAGAUGAAGUGGGUGAGAGACUGGCUACGCUCACUGCCAGUCGGGAUCAAUGUGCGCGGGCUGAUGUGCCAGUCGCCUGAGAAGGUGAGGGGCAUGGCCAUCAAGGACCUGGUGGUCACCAUGUUUGGCUGCAGAGAUCCAGAGAGCCCUCUCCUAGGCACGCCGCCCACUACCGCGGGUCCGGUCGGGGUCUCUGCCAGCCAGGGUCCCUGGCCUUCCUUUGUGUCCAAGGGGCAGGGCGGUGGCGGAAAAGGCCAUCAGCCCACGGUGCCCCCAGGGAAUACAGCCGUCCAAAUCGACGUGAAAUCUGUGAGCGUGGACACCAUUCAAAUCACCUGGAAGAUAUCCCUGCCCAUGACCGCACUGAGACUCAGCUGGCUCAAGCUGGGGCACAAUCCAGUCCUGGGGUCGAUUACAGAAACCAUUGUGCACGGUGGGAAAAGCGAGUACUUACUCACCGCCCUGGAGCCAGAGUCGUCGUAUCGGAUAUGUAUGGUUCCCAUGGAAACCAGCAAUGUCUACCUGUCGGAUGAGACCCCAGUCUGCACCGAGACACAGACCGCAUCACUGAAGAUGCACAACCCUACGACGACGCUCAACAGGGAGCAAGAGAAAGAACUCUACAGGGGUGCGAGUCUGCCCUUGGCAGGAAUCAUAGGCGGGGCGGGGGCUGUGAUAGUGGUCGCCCUGCUUGCACUGGUGUGCUGUUACAUGCACAGAACUGGAACCCCUUUCUCCAAGAGCUGUACUUACAGCAGGGGGCGGAGAAGGAAGGAUGACGAUUACGCUGAGGCCGGCACUAAGAAGGAUAACUCUAUCUUAGAAAUUCGGGAGACUGCUUUUCAGAUGAUCCCGAUGAACAGCGACCAAGCAGCAAAGGAAGAGUUUGUAAUACACACAAUAUUCCCACCUAACGGGAUGAGUUUGUACAAAAAUAGCCACAGUGAAAGCAGCAGUAGCAACAGAAGUUACAGAGACAGUGGAAUUCCAGAUUCUGAUCACUCACACUCCUGAUAAUUGCAGGGACUACUAACUGAAAGCAACUGCGCAAGUCACUGUUCUCCUCGGAAACACUGGAUUUAGGAAUACUGGAGGAAAGAUGACUGUACAUUUGCCAUAUAAUUUAUAUUUAAUGAACUUUGUAUCAAAAGUUGCAGAAUCCAGGUGAAUAUUGCUGAUUGUGCAGUAUGGAUGCCAGAUCACCAAUUGCAAUUCUCUAUUUUAGUAACUUCUAGUAAUUUGUAUUUUUUUCUUGAUAAUCUUAAAAAGAUUUAAGAGAGUUUAAAUUUCCAUGUUCUAUUGAUGGAAGAUUGCUUGUCAACUGUGAAAGUGGGUUUUCUUAACAAGUGUUGAGCAUUCGAAGAUUUUUUUUUUAGCCUAUUUGAGAAUCUUGUAGUUCAAGCACAGGUUCUUUUUCCUUUCCCCUUCCCCCCUAGCUACUGAGGGUUGGUGUUCUACAGUUAAAUAGUACACUUGGUGAAGACAAUUUUAAUUCCCAAUUGAAGAGGAGACUAUGUAUAUUGUUCAUGCCUAAGUGUGUUGCACAGAUGUAACUGUAAUACCUGAAAUAUGAAAGCGGACGUCACACAUCAUUCCAGCUUACAGUCUACAUUACCUGCGAUUAAGUUUAGACUUUGAGCCACAGAUCCCUUCGUUGGCACAGUUUAAAACAAAAAGGUACUUUUUCAAAAAAAAAUUAAACCAAAGUGCAUUGUUAGCCCUUUGGCCAGUCUUGUAUGUGCCUUGACCAAAUGUUAAUUGUAUUCAGCAUUUUAAAAUUCGGGAACUUACUUUUUUUUUUCUCUCCAUACUUGUCAAUGAGGAAAAAAAAAAUGUGGUCUUUCUGCAGAAUAAAACAGAACAAAAUCAA